AUGGUUCACAGCGCCUACGAUUCCGUCGAGCUCAUCUCCGACUGCCCCACCAAGAUCGAAGCCAUCUCAUCCUACGGCCCUAAGCUCCUCCUCGGCUGCUCCGACGGAUCCCUCAAAAUCUACGCUCCUGAUUCCUCCGGCUCCCGCUCCCCUCCCUCCGACUACCACUCCCAGUCCCUCCAAAAGGAGCCCUACUCCCUCGAGCGCAACCUCGCCGGCUUCUCCAAGAAGCCGCUCCUCUCUCUCGAGGUCCUCCAAUCCCGAGACAUCCUCCUCUCCCUCUCCGAAACGAUAUCGUUUCACGGCCUCCCCAAUCUCGGCACCAUCGCCGUCAUCACCAAGGCCAAGGGCGCCAAUGUGUACUCCUGGGACGACCGCCGCGGCUUCCUCUGCUUCUCGCGCCAGAAGAAGGUCUGCAUUUUCCGGCACGACGGUGGGAGAGGUUUCGUGGAGGUGAAGGAAUUCGGAGUUCCGGAUGUGGUGAAGUCUAUGGCGUGGUGUGGAGAGAAUAUAUGUAUAGGGAUCAGGAGAGAUUAUAUGAUACUGAACUCUACAACUGGUGCAUUGACUGAUGUGUUUCCUUCGGGGAGGCUCGCGCCGCCGUUGGUGGUUCCUCUUCCUUCGGGGGAGCUUCUUCUCAGCAAGGAUAACAUUGGGGUUUUUGUGGACCAAAAUGGGAAGCUUGCUCAUGAAGGCAGGGUUUGUUGGACGGAGGCGCCUACGGUUGUUGUUAUUCAGAAGGCCUAUGGAAUAGCUCUGUUAUCGAGAUAUGUUGAGGUUCGGUCCCUACGAGCGCCAUAUCCGUUGAUACAAACAAUUAUUCUUCGAAAUGCUCGUCGUCUUCUCCAAAGCAACAAUGCUGCCAUUGUUGCAUUAGACUAUGCUGUUUAUGGUCUCUUCCCUGUCCCUCUUGGUGCGCAGAUUGUACAAUUAACAGCAUCUGGUGAGUUUGAGGAAGCUUUGUCAUUGUGUAAGCUGCUUCCGCCUGAAGAAGCAAGCCAUAGAGCCGCAAAGGAGGCAUCAAUCCAUAUCAGAUGUGCUCACCAUCGUUUUGAUUCUGGGGACUAUGAGGAUGCCAUGGAGCAUUUUGUGGCUUCACAAGUGGAUAUAACCUAUGUACUUUCUAUGUAUCCUUCUAUUGUUCUUCCCAAGACAACCAUGGUAGUUGAUCCAGACAAACUGAUGGAUAUAUCUACAGACUCAUCAUAUCUCUCAAGAGGUUCAUCUGGUAUGUCAGAUGAUAUGGAACCCUCUCCCCUCUCACAUGUGCUGGAAUCGGAGGAGAGUGCAGCACUUGAGUCCAAAAAAAUGAGCCAUAACACUCUCAUGGCUCUCAUUAAGUUCUUGCAGAAAAAGAGAUUCAGCAUAAUUGAAAAAGCUACUGCUGAGGGGACAGAAGAGGUUGUUUUGGAUGCUGUUGGAGACCGUGAGUCUAAUAGGUUCAUGAAAAUAAACAAGGGGCGUGGCAGCACUCCAGUUACCUCCCGUGCUAGGGAAAUGGCAGCUAUACUGGAUACAGCUCUCCUCCAAGCUCUACUUCUUACUGGACAGUCUUCAGUGGCCUUGGAAUUACUGAAAGGUCUCAACUACUGUGAUGUAAAAAUAUGUGAGGAGAUUCUCCUAAAAAGUAAUCAUCAUGCUGCUUUGUUAGAACUUUACAAGUGCAAUUCAAUGCACCAUGAAGCUCUAAAACUAUUGCAGCAGUUAGUAGAAGAGUCAAAAUCUAAUCAGGUCCAACCUGAGGUAAUCCAAAAGAUAAAGCCGGAGUCAAUUGUUGAAUAUCUCAAGCCUCUUUGUGGCACUGAUCCCAUGCUCGUCUUGGAGUAUUCGAUGCUUGUCCUUGAGAGUUGCCCAACACAGACAAUUGAGCUCUUUCUGAAUGGAAAUAUCCCAGCCGAUUUAGUAAACUCUUAUUUGAAGCAGCAUGCUCCAAACAUGCAGGCCAGAUACUUAGAACUUAUGCUUGCUAUGGAUGAAAAUGGAAUCUCAGGGAAUCUGCAGAAUGAAAUGGUGCAUAUCUAUCUAUCAGAAGUACUUGACUGGUAUGCAGAUUUAAGUGCUCAACAGAAAUGGGAGGAGCAAACUUACUCCCCUACGAGAAAGAAACUAUUGUCUGCUUUAGAAAGCAUAUCGGGUUAUAGUCCGGAGGCUUUGCUGAAACGUCUUCCGGCUGAUGCUUUAUAUGAAGAACGUGCAGUUUUGUUGGGCAAAAUGAAUCAACAUGAGCUUGCCUUGUCCCUAUAUGUUCACAAGCUUCAUCUUCCUGAGAUGGCACUGUCCUAUUGUGAUCGAGUAUAUGACUCAUUGGCGCAUCAACCGUCUUCAAGAUCUUCUGGCAAUAUAUACCUUACUCUAUUACAAAUCUAUCUUAAUCCGAAGAGAACAACCAAGAACUUUGAGAGGCGGAUUAUGAAUUUGGUAUCACCGCAGAACAAAGGAACGCCAAAGGUUGGUUCUGCAAAUACAGUUAAAAGUAAAGGAGGUCGUGGAGCUAAGAAAAUUGCUGCAAUAGAGGUGGCAGAUGACAUAAGAAUCAGUCAAAGUGGCACUGACAGUAGUAGGAGUGAUGGAGAUGCAGAUGCAGACGCAGACGAAUCUGGUGAGGAAGGAGGGUCAACAAUCAUGCUUGAUGAGGUUCUUGAUGUGUUGAGCAGAAAGUGGGACAGAAUAAAUGGAGCUCAAGCUCUCAAACUUUUGCCUAGGGAGACUAAACUACAGAACUUGCUUCCGUUUAUGGGACCCCUUUUGAGAAAAUCAAGUGAAGCUUACAGGAAUCUUUCAGUGAUAAAAAGUUUAAGACAAAGUGAUAACCUGCAGGUUAAAGAAGAACUCUACGAACAAAGGAAAGGGGUGGUAAAGAUCACAAGCGACAGUGUGUGCUCCCUUUGCAGAAAGAAAAUAGGAACAAGUGUGUUUGCUGUGUAUCCAAAUGGGAGUACAAUAGUGCAUUUUGUUUGCUUCAAAGACUCCCAAAGUAUGAAAGCCGUGGGCAGAGGAUCUCCCCUAAGGAAGCGAUGAAGACUUCAGUAUUAAAUGGUGCUAACGAUCACCAGAGAGAGAACAUGUGCUUCCAUUGCAGGAAGAAUACGGGGACAAGUGGUUUGUGCUUCCCAGACGGGACCAAUUGUGCAUUUUCGUUGCUUUAGAAUCAAAACACGAAAGAUCUCUGGUAAGGAAGCGAUGAAGACCAAGCAAUCAAUUCAGCUAAGGAAGCCUUUUCCUCCUCGUUUCGCUUGCAAAUACGGAUUAUGAGCAUAAAUGAGCUCUAUUCUGCGGGCACUCCAACCAUGCUCAAUUGACAGUAAAUUUCUGGUGAGCCAUUCGAUCAAUGCUUAUUGUAGAUUGUGUGUGCAGACUGAGAUUGUGAGUUUUGAUUGUUACAUUUACAUUGUAAAGAUCGAAAACAAAAAUUUCGUGU